AAACACGAGUUUUCUUUUCUUUUUUCAGUCCCUUUCUCUCGUCUGCAAGUAUCUCCUUCUCUAUCGUAUCUUCUGUUUCUAAUAACUUCAAACUCACACAAAACAAGUGAAAGAGGUGUCAAAAUUGCACCGGUGGUGGUCAUGGUGAAGUAGUGGCGGUUGUGGUUCGAAGUAGAGGGCGGAGGAACUGUGCUUCUGCCUGUUUUGAAAUUGAAAGCAGAGAUGAACUGCACGAGAAGAAUUGGACUUCGUUAUUACUCUACUGCUUCUUCACCUUCAACCUCCCAUUUCAAUCAAAGAAUUACAUCGCUCAAAAAUGCUUCAGGAUCCACCAAGGUGAAUGACGCCCUCCAACUGUUUGAUGAAAUGCUUCAAAGACAACCUCCCCCUAACAUCAUCCAACUUAAUCAGCUUAUCACUGUUAUUGUAAAGAUGAAGCAAUAUUCCACUGCCCUUUCACUUUACAAACAAACAAAGUUGAUGGGUAUUCCUACUGAUCUUUAUGCAAUCAACAUCUCUAUUAACUGUCAUUGCCGGCUGAAUCAAGUUGCUUACGGUUUUGCCUUACUAGCAACUAUUUUCAAGCAAGGUUAUCCACCCGAUUUGACAACCUAUAACACUCUCAUAAAUGGGCUUGUUCUUGCUGAUCGGGUCUUUGAAGCUGUUGAGUUGUUCAAGAAACUGCUUAGAGAGAAAGUUUGUGAGCCUGAUCAAGUUAUGUAUGGAACCGUUAUUAAUGGACUGUGUAAAGUUGGUGACACUAGCAAGGCCCUUGAACUGCUCACGUUCAUAGAAUCAGGCUCUUGUAAACCUUGUGUAUACCAUUACAAUACAGUCAUUGAUAGCCUCUGCAAAGAUAGAAUGGUUGAUGAUGCAUUAGAAUUAUUUACGCGUAUGACUGAAAAGAGUGUUCUUGCAAACAUCAUCACUUACAACUCUUUGAUUCAUGGACUGUGUAACUUUGGUCGAGAGACAGAAGCUGCAAAAAUGUUGAUUGAUAUGGAGGAGGAAGGAGUAUCUCCCUCAGUGGCUACAUUUAAUAUCUUGGUAAAUUCCUUUUGCAAGCAAGGAUCUGUAAAAGAUGCAGAGCUUGCUGUACAAGCAAUGGUACGAAGAGGUCUAAAUCCAGAUGUUAUCACUUAUAAUGCAUUGAUUGAUGGAUAUUGUUUACGUGGUGAAAUAGAUUACGCAGAGAAAGUUCUUGAUGGCAUGGUGAAGAGGGAUAUUGUGCCUGACAUCAUCACAUACAACAGCCUGAUAAAUGGAUAUUGUAAGAAGAAGCAAAUUGAUAAGGCCAUGCGUCUCUUUCAGGAAAUCCAAGACAAGGGUUUGAUUCCUAAUCUUGUUACUUACGGUAGCAUGUUACAAGGUUUGUUUGAAUCAGGGAAUCCUGCAGCGGCUAGAGAACUCUUUAACGAGAUGCAAGCAAAGGGCCACACUCCAACUGUAUUGACUUAUGGCAUCUUGUUACAUGGAAUGUGCAAAAACUCCCAGACAACUGAUGCAUUGGCUCUCUUCCGUUCGCUGGGAAGCAAUGAAUUGAUGAAAAAUAUAGUGUUGUAUAAUAUAUUGAUUGAUGGUUGUAACAAAUGUGGGAAGCCUAACUUAGCUUUGGAUCUGUAUGAUGAACUUCUAUUAAGAGGAUUGAAACCAACUGUUAGGACAUAUACAGUAAUGAUAAGUGUGUAUUGCCAAGGAGGCUUAUUUGGUAAAGCGAACGAUUUGCUUAGAAAGAUGGAAGAUAACGGUUGUUUGCCAGAUAGCGUUAUGUACAAUGUUAUUGUUCAAGAGUUGUUGAAGAAAUCUAAGCGUCAAGAGGCGGAGAACUUUCUGGAAGAAAUGAUUAACCGAGGUUUCAUGCCUGAUUCUACUACUUUUACGAUGGUGCUACACCUAAUUCCAAAUGUAGGAAAGGAAUCGCGUAUGCGAACCAUCAUUCAAAAGCUAACUACCGUAGAAAUAUGAAAUUGGACAUGAGUUAGAAUUUUUUAUAUAACUCUUCACGUCUUAACUCG